AUGAUUGAGGCUUACAUCAAUCCAGGUAGAGUGAAGAAGUUCGACUUCCUCCUCUUCAGUAAGGUCCCAGAUGACAUGGAUAUCCGUCACAGUGAUAAGGCUAUUGUACGCCGGUGUCGGUUAUGGGCCCGAAAAAGAAAUCUUCUGGGCCGACGAGUAGCAUCGUCGACUCUGGGAGAGGUCAGAAUAGCUGAGCAACAGGAAAAAUCUCAACUUUUGCACGAGAAAGAGAAGGAGUCCAAUAGAACAAUAUCAAGAGAGGAGGCAGAGAUAACUCCGGUGGAGUUGGAACCUAGUGUUGAAGGACCAGGAGAAGAUCAAUCUAAGCAUCAGGAAGCUGCUAAGCAAAAAUGGAAGGGAUUUACAUCUUCCACUCGCAUUUUUGAAAAAGGGCAGAACCCCACUUUGACAACUAUUAAUCAUUAUGUUGCUGCUAAUUGGAGUCUAAUGGAGGAGCCAAUGAUCUAUAAACAUGAGGAAGAUGUGAUGCAAGAUAUUCCUAAGGAGAUUGAAGUGGAGGAUCCCUAUGGUGUUGUCUUUAAGCAGAAUGUGAUGUUUGACUGGCUUCCUCCCUUCUGUAAGAAAUGCCAGAAGGUGGGGUAUAACUGUGUAGCUCAAGGUCAGGUGCAAGAUCCAGUUACUAAGGAUGUUAUCCCUAGUAUACCUAGUACUCAUGAAGAAGUUGGGCCUAGUGUUCCUAUAAGGCUUGAGGAGGUAAAUGCAGUUAUUGGUGAUGCAGUUACCCCUACUUCUACUCCUAGUAGUGUUCAAGAGAAAGAUCCAGAAGAGGGGGUGUGGAAGAUGGUUACUAGAAAGCAUAAAGAUAAAGAGCAGGUGGUUAUUGCUGAGGUGCAAGAUGGAGCUGGAGUGUUCAUGUUUCAUAUGGUUACAGUUUAUGGUCUUCACUCAGUUGCUGGUAGGAAGAGUCUUUGGACUGAAAUGACAAGAUUUGUUGCUGGUCAGACUCAGCCUUGUAUUAUGAUGGGGGAUUUUAAUGCUGUAUGCAAUGCUAUGGAUAGAAUGAAUGGAGUAGAUGUUUCUGAAGCAGAAACUAUAGACUUCAACAACUUUUUGAUGGAUAACCAGCUCUUGGAAGCCCCCUCUUGUGGACAUUUCUACUCUUGGAAUAUUAAGGGUGUAGGGCGGGAUACGGUUUCUAGUAGAAUUGACAGGGCAAUUGUUAAUAGUGAUUGGAUUAAUCACUUCUUUGAUGUUGUGAUUCACUACCUUGAGUCUAGUGUUUCUAAUCACACUCCUCUUCUGUUUGAUACUGGGGGUGGUCAAAGCCAAAGAGGUAAACCUUUUAGAUUCAUGAAUUUCCUAGCAGAUCAAGAAGGUUUUAUUGAAGUAGUUCAAGAGGACUGGAAUUCUACCUCUAGUCCUCAUAAAAUGAAAAGUGUUUGGGUUAAACUGAAAGCUGACAAGGCAGCUUUGAAAAGUUUUCACUCUAAAAGCUUUUCUAAGGCUCACUUCGAAGUGGAAGAAUUAAGGAAAAAGUUGGCUGCUAUGCAGGCUUUGCCUGAGAUGGAAUAUGCAACUGAAAUACAGUUUUUCUUCACUGCAGUUAAGGAAGUUACCACAUCAGAUAUUGAUACAGCUCUUGCUUCCAUUGAUGAUGCAAAGGCCCCUGGGUUGGAUGGGUUCAAUGGAGUGCUCCAGAAGGUUAUUACCACAGUUGUGAGUUGCUCUCAAACAGGCUUUAUCACAGGCAGACAAAUUGUGGAUAAUAUCUUAUUGGCAACUGAGCUCAUGAGAGGUUAUAAUAAGAGUCACAUGUCUUCUAGAUGUGUUAUCAAAGUGGACAUCAAGAAAGCUUAUGAUUCAGUAGAAUGGGUGUUUUUGGAGAGUAUGCUUAAGGAAUUAGGGUAUCCUGAAAGAGCAGAUCACAGUUCAUUAGAUAAGAUUAUGGAAGCUUUUCAUAAGUUCUCAAGGGCCUCUGGUCUUGAAGCUAGCAAUGAGAGGAGUUGUAUCUACUUCUCAGGGAUUCAUCAAGGUGUGGCUAAUCUUAUUGUUGAAGGGAUCCAUAUGCCUAUUGGUCUACUUCCUUUCAAGUAUUUAGGGGUACCAUUGGCAGCAAAAAAACUUUCAUUCUCUCAGUGUAAAUACACUGAUCGACAGGAUUACAUAUAG